AUGAUAAUCAUUACAAUUGGAUUUGUUGCAGGUGAACGAGAAGUCAGACAAUGUAAAGCUUGUCGCAUGGAAAAGUGCCUAAAGAUUGGAAUGCAGGUGUCCAAUGUGCAAAGUAAAAGAGACAAACACGACAAUGAGAAAAUUAUUCGAAGAAUCGUUGAAGAAUCGGAAAAAUCUCUGGUACCAGCAUGUUACUCAAAAGUGAAUACCAUACCAGCUGAGCUACAGUGUUCGUCUAACUUUGAAUACAACAACAUGCGUCUGAAAUCUCUUCAUCGGAAUUUUACUGAAAUGCUCCAUUUGAGAAAAAGGGCGUUCCCUAGAAGAAAAACUCAAAGAACCUUACACCAUGCAGAAGCUCUGACCAUAUUCCGAAAAGAUGUCAAAUUGGCCGCUGAUUGGAUCAAUAGCACGUUUCCAGAACUGUCCCAAUUAGAUGCUUCCCAACUGAAACUGCUAUUCAGGAACUUUUAUUUGAAAUGGACGGUUUUUGAACCUGCGUAUCUAGCCGUUCUUCUCGGAAAACCAAACACCUACCACCUGCCGACAGGGGAUGUUGUUGACGAAGUUGGGAUAUACUAUACACGUCAUUUGGGAACACCACCAUCCUAUAGUUUGGAUGAAGUAUCAAGAAUUUUCUCUCCGUACUGGACAGAUUUCCGCAACACGUUAGUAGAUCCAGUAAUAGAUGCAAAGCUUUCGAUUCACGAGUUUCUUCUACUUUGCUCAAUUUGUUUGUUUGAUGUUGGGUUGGAUGGACAAUCGGAUGAAUGUAUUCUAUUCUGCCAGAAAGCCAGGCAGGAACUGUUUCGAGAAUUAAAUGAAAUCUGCAAACAUGUCUGUGAUAAGUCAGAGAAUUAUUGCUUCCGAUUUGCCCAGGAUAUGAUGCUACUUCCAUCUAUUCAGAGAGGAAUCGAUGUUUUUGAAGAAGAAUUACAGUUGGGUGGACUCUACAAACUGAUUUCGACGAGCACAGAUGAUUGGUACGCAAUGGUGGAUGGUCCAAAUUUUGAGAAGGAACAAGGCACGAGAAAUUGA